CUUUUCUCUCCCCUCUUUCUACGCAACAUCCUUCCAUUUCUUUCCCCACUUUCUCCAUCUUCUCCAUAUUUAACUCCCACUCUCCACUCUCUUCUUCACCACCACCACAACCGACGAGAUCACCGGCAUCAAACAUAUAUAUAUAAUAUUUUAAUUUAUUUAUCUUUUCCAUUAUUCUAAAAGAAACAGCGGCUAUGGACUCUAAUAAGCCAAAUAUUGUCAUCAGAGAAGUCUGGUCCAGUAAUUUAGAAUCCGAAUUUGAGCUCAUCAGAGAGCUUGUCGAUGACUUUCCUUUCAUUUCCAUGGAUACUGAAUUCCCAGGUCUCGUUUUCCGUCCUUCCGUUGACCCCACCAAGUCCUACUUUCGUCAACGCCGCCCGUCUGAUCACUACAAGAUUCUCAAAUCCAACGUCGACGCUUUGAAUCUGAUCCAGGUAGGCUUAACUCUCUCUGACUCUAAUGGAAAUCUACCGCAUCUUGGUACUUCAGAUCGGUUCAUCUGGGAAUUCAAUUUCCGGGAUUUUGAUGUCUCACGUGAUGCUCACGCUCCGGACUCAAUCGAGUUGCUGAGGCGUCAGGGGAUUGACUUCGAGAGAAACAGAGAAGAAGGAGUUGACUCAGUCCGAUUCGCUGAAUUGAUGAUGUCUUCGGGACUGGUGUGCAACGACUCAGUGAGUUGGGUUACGUUUCACAGCGCGUAUGAUUUCGGUUACCUGGUAAAGAUCCUCACGAGCCGCUGCUUGCCCGCUUGUUUAGAGGAUUUCUUGAGAUUGAUGAGGGUGUUUUUCGGAAGCAGAGUAUACGACAUCAAACACUUGAUGCGGUUCUGCAAUAGCUUAUACGGUGGUUUGGACCGGGUGGCCCGAACACUGGAGGUGAAUCGGGCAGUCGGUAAAUGCCACCAGGCCGGAUCAGACAGCUUGCUGACGUGGCACGCAUUUCAGAAGAUGAGGGAUGUCUAUUUUGUUAACGAUGGACCGGAGAAGCAUGCCGGAGUGCUGUACGGAUUAGAACUAGUGUUCUGAGAAUUGAAAGUAAUUGUUAAUUAAUUAAUUAAUUAAUUUGUUUAAAUUACAAUUUGUAUAUUAAUUAAAUGAUUAAGGAAAUUAUUUUGUGGUCAUAAA